UUCAUCUCGCGCUUCUUUAGCGUAUAUUUGGUCAUUGUCCUAUGUUAUUUGAGUUGCACGAUCUACUUUUUUCAGGUCUUGCAUGCAGGGAAAGGAAACAAGAAUGCUGCUAAGGCACUAAUCGUUGCGGAGUACAUUGGUGUGAAAGUUGAUUUGGUUGAGAACUUUGAGAUGGGUGUCAGCAAUAAAACUCCUGAAUUUAUCAAGAUGAACCCUAUUGGGAAGGUUCCUGUGUUGGAAACCCCUGACGGGCCCGUCUUUGAGAGCAAUGCUAUAGCACGAUAUGUUACCCGCUUGAAGGCUGAUAACCCUCUCUAUGGUUCUUCUUUGAUUGAUUAUGGCCAUGUCGAGCAGUGGAUCGACUUUGCUACACUGGAAAUUGAUGCUAACCUUAUCAAUUGGUUUUUGCCAAGAAUCGGACGAACCCCAUAUCUUCCUCCAGCUGAGGAAGCUGUGAUCUCAGCGUUGAAGAGAGGGCUGGCUGCUUUGAACUCUCACCUUGCGUCCAACACUUACUUGGUUGGGCAUUCUGUGACCCUUGCUGACAUUGUCUUGACAUGCAAUUUGUACUUUGGUUUCGCCAGGCUCUUGACAAAGAGCUUCACUUCAGAGUUUCCUCAUGUUGAAAGAUACUUCUGGACCUUGGUUAAUCAACCAAACUUCAAGAAGGUAUUGGGUGAGGUCAAGCAGACCGAAUCUGUCCCACCCCUUGUUCAAUCUGGAAAGAAGGCUGCACAGCCAAAAGAAGCUGCCAGGCCCAAACCCAAGGAAGAGCCAAAGAAAGAAGCCAAGAAAGAGCCAGCGAAGCCGGCCAAACCAGAAGGUGAGGAAGAGGAAGAGGCACCAAAGCCCAAGCCUAAGAACCCUCUUGAUUUGCUGCCCCCAUGUAAGAUGAUUUUGGACGAGUGGAAGAGGCUCUACUCGAACACGAAAACCAACUUCAGAGAGGUUGCAAUCAAAGGAUUCUGGGACAUGUAUGAUCCUGAGGGAUACUCCCUGUGGUUCUGUGACUACAAAUACAAUGAGGAGAAUACUGUUUCCUUUGUGACAUUGAACAAGGUCGGUGGAUUCCUUCAGCGAAUGGAUCUGGCUCGCAAAUAUGCAUUUGGAAAGAUGCUAGUCAUCGGCUCGCAGCCACCUUUCAAGGUGAAGGGGUUGUGGCUCUUCCGCGGGCAGGAAAUUCCUCAAUUUGUAAUUGAUGAGUGCUACGACAUGGAGCUCUACGAGUGGAAGAAGGUCGACAUUUCAGAUGAGGCCCAAAAGGAGCGCGUUAAUCAGAUGAUUGAAGAUGCCGAGCCUUUUGAGGGAGAGGAUCUUUUGGAUGCCAAGUGCUUCAAGUGAAAACUCUAGUCCCUAGCUAAAAGGGGUGUGUGUUUUUGUCUCGGUCGUUUUUUGUUUGGUAGAGUUUGUUUUUGUAAUUCUGUUCGAGAUCAAGUCUUUAGCCUUUCUUGUGUUUUUGAGUUACAAAUAUAAGUUAUAAUCAUUUUGUUUUGGUCGUUUCAUUUUGGAACAUGAUUUAAGACAUUUAAUAUAAAAUGAAAAUCUUCACUAGA